AUGGACCGGAUCAAGAACAGCGUGAAGCACAUAGCUGCCAUUUCCAAGGACCCCGAGUUCGAUACCUACCGAGACAAGCUUGAGGUCCAGAUCAAGCAGGUGGACCAAAUGCAAAAGUGCCUGGGCUCCUUUUACACCAGCCUCCUCGGGCUGGCGCAGUCGACGCUGGAGAUGGGGGAAAGCCUGGAGACGUUCUACGGGGACGGAAACGGCCGCGAGGUGGCCGCCAAGUUCCUCCUCACCCAACUCAAGCUCAAAAUGUGCUCCGAGGACUUGAGCGAGGGCACACAGCAGGCGAACGAAUCCUGGGCUCAGUACCGCGAGCGUUUAGUGGGCAUGCGCGGCAAGGUGGCAGUUCGGGACGAGAUGGUGGGGACGCUGCACAAGGCCAGCAUUCUCGUGGAGAAACGACGGCGCAAGUACGAAGCGAGCAAGGACAGAAAGCUAGAACGUCUGGCCAAGUUUGACCAGACGGUGGCUGCGCGAGACGCGCUACGGGCGGAAUUCGAGGAGAAGAACGCGGACCUCAAGCUGGAGCUGAUGGACCUCGACCUCAACCGAGCCCUACACGUCGAGUCCAUCGUCAAAAAGAUGAUGGACGACCAAAUGGAGUUCCUGGCGCACGUGUCGGAAGGGUGCGAGCUCCUGGACCAGGCGACGGCGAUCAAAACCGUCCGCGUCAUCCCCGUACCCACCCCACUGGCCAUCGACGCCAACAAGAAGAGCGAGGACGACGAGCGAGAGCAGAUCUCCAGCGGUGGGCUCUACGUGGCCAAGGAGCCGAGGAGCCCAAGCAUCGCGAGACAUGACCCGCUGUCGCCCUCCAGUCCCACCACCCCCUUGAGCGGCAGCGGCAGCUCACACCCCCUCUCCCUGUCCACGGGCUCGGCCCCACCGGUCCCGAUGAAGCCGAAGCGGACCGGCCCUGAGCCCAUCGCUGAACCGCAGCGACGCGGGAGCGCCUGCCCCAAGCCGCUCCCGAGGCUGCCCCCGGUCCCUUCGCCGGCGAGUGGCGGUGCGGCAACGCUGGUGGUCGAGCCGGAGCCGAUUUUGGUGCCCGUCCAGGCGCCGGACCAGCAUCUGGCCGACCCGAUCGUCACCACGCCCAGCCUCUCCUCCUCCUCGGACCCAUUCGCUAGCCACCAUGCGCCCAGGGCCGCCAUCUCGCCCACCCCAGGUCGCAAGGCGCUGCCCGGGCUGCCGAGUUUGCCCGAAGCCUCGCCGCCUGAGCCCGGCCUCAGCGGCAGUGGCUCGGCGCGGCGACCAGGAGGACCACCGCCCGCGAUGGGCAGCAAGCCCCUGCCGCCCGCCAAGCCUCAGCCCAGCCCUCAAGGCCUCAGUGGCAGCGGCAGCAAGAUCCUGCCCGUCCCGCCGCCCAAGCCCUCCGCGCUGUCGCCAGCAGCGCCACCAGCGACCACUCCCGACAUCGCCCCCGUAGCCACUCCCGCCCCCGUCGCUGCUGCGCCCACCCCCUUUGAUGACAACACCAUCCUCUUCCUGGGUUGA